AAAAGAAUUCAUUUCAACGUUCACAGAUGCGUACCUCUGAAAAUCUGAAUCAAUUUCAAUCCAUUUCAAAAUCCAUUCUCGUUUGCUGGGUAUCGAAAGCCCGUGCUCGUGACAUUCGCACACGUCAGCAUAUGCCACGGUGACGGCGGCCACAGGGCACAGUGGUGGCCACAGAGCCAGUGAGACCUACAGCUGUGAACCGCGGAGUCGGCGGAGUGCAGACUGCAGAGUGCGGACGACGAACGCGACGAACGCACUGAACGCGCGCAGCUGUAGCACGAACGCCACGAACGCACGAAUGUGAGUCGCUGCUCACUGCUCGAUGCGCUGAGCGCUCUGCAGCUGAUGCGGUUCGCUGGCUCGCUGCUGAGCCAUCCGCUGCCGCUGCCGUUGUCCUGAUACUCCUGAUUGUCCUGCGCGCGUCCGUCUGUGUGUUUUGUUUGAGAAAAAUGCUCCGCGUCAAGAGAUUCGACGUCGCCCCCGCUGAUUUCGCGUGAUCAGCGCCCGCGUGUGUGCGAAACGCGCGGCGAUAAAACCUCGACCACGAUCGAGGCUUCAAAAAAAAAAAAAAAAAAAAUAAAAAACAGUAUUCGGCCAAAGGAUCCCUCUCUUCUUUGUCGCGAAAAAAAUCCGUCGCCAAAACCGUCAGUACGUGAUGCGGCGCGCGGAAUUCGAUGUGGCGUCCGUGAAUUCGCUCGGUUCGCUUCCUCCGCUCACGCUCAUCCGGGUAAUGGAGCGCGAGGAGCGGAGGUAGACAAAGGGCUGAGAGCCGCGCACGUCUCUGCAGUCUGCACGUCUCGUAGUUCGCUCUCGUCAUCGCCGCGGAUGGCCGUGGUCGAGCCGCGAGCGUCUCGGCGAUUUAUUUAUAUAUCCACGAGAGACAUGCGGUCACUAACGUAGAAAACGCGUCGCUCGCUCGGAAAUGAUCCGCGUUCCCGAGGGCUCUUCGUUUGCGAGGAAUUCGGAUUUUCGGAAUUGAUCUAGCCAAACACGCUCGGGGUUGUUGUCCGUCGACGACGCGGUUGUGGUUUCUUCGUGGAUCAUCUGUUUCUCUUUUGUCUCCGGAGACAGUGAGGGUGAAUUGAUGCGACAUUAGCGCGACAUGUAUCGCGAUCGUUCAGGAUUCUUCAGGAUUUCCGAGAAAACUCGAGUAACAGGGCUGCGUGCGUUGUUGACGGUGGAGCGGAUCGUGGAGCGUAGACUUUAGAGUGGCGAUAUAUCCAUUAUGGAAGCGUUGCGUUUAGCUAUACAGACGCGGCUUGGGGAGAGGAUGGUCAGCAUGAGCUCCAUGCUCGUAGAGACAGUCAGUAUAAAUUAUGAAGACUUUAAUGAGAGUUUUUUAACAUGUGGUACCUGUCUCUGCGUUUACGAUGGCAGCGAGCAUACACCUAAAUUACUACCAUGUUCACACACGGUAUGUUUACAUUGUUUAACAAGAAUUGCUGCGUCUCAAACGCGAGAUACAGGAGCAUUUAGAUGUCCCAUUUGUAGAGAAUUAAUAACUAUUCCUCGUGGAGGGGUACCUGCACUGCCCCCGAGUUUUCUCGUAAACCAACUGCUGGACCUUAUGUCUCGACAAAGACGAGAGGUCAUCCCAAAGUGUUCAGUUCAUAUAAAUCAGGAAUUAUUAUUUUGUGAAACAUGUGAUACAGUGUUUUGUACAGUAUGUACUAGUGGGACACAUGCAGGAACGUCACCUGGAUGCACAGAACAUACAAUUAUCCCUUUUAGUAUUGCGAUAAAAAGAAUGUCCGAAAUAUUGUUGUAUAAAGCUAACGAGUGUAUAUCCAAGUUAACACAGGCACAAGAUUCUGUGAGCACGGAACUGCAACGUUUGGAAGCCUCUACGGAAAAGUGUUUGAGCGCAGUAGAUACGGAAUUCGCUGAGAUCAUCGCAAAGAUAGAGAAACGUCGCACGGAAUUGCAAGCUGCCGUAACCGCUGCUGCUCGUGACAAGAAACACGUACUUGAAGAACAACAUUCUCUUAUUGAAGCAGAGAAAACCAAAGUGGAGAGAGAAUGCGAAGGAUUGCAAUAUCAGGUCGAGGUUCGAAAUAUUACUCAACGUAUUAACAGCUUGUCGGAUCAGCUUGACGCAGCAACCGCUCUCAGCGAACCUAAGGAGAAUGCCUUUAUUACAUUUGAGUUUAAUCAUAACGACGCUCUCUUUCAAUUAGAGCAAGCACUGAGUAACGUGGGACGAGUACGUUCUAGUACAACAUUACCAGGUUUGUGCCGAGCCAGAUUGAAGGAUCUAGCAAUAGUAAAGCUACAAACAAUCGUCGUAGUCGAAACGGUAGAUUAUCACGGUCAUCCUCGAAAUGUCGGUGGUGAUCUUAUUAGCGCCGAAUUGACGCUUGCUGAUAACAUGCAUGCAGAAAGUCAGAAUGUUCCUAUUGAGACAGAAGUGAAAGAUCUGGAGAAUGGAACUUACGAAAUUUACUUCCGGCCACCAACUGCAAGUCGAUAUGUUUUGAAAGUGUCGGUGUUCGAACGACCUAUUAAAGAUUAUCCGCUAUUUUUCGAUACGACUGAGCACAAUGAACCUAUUAAAACAUAUGGCAGACGUGGUAACGGAAAAGAUGAGUUUCACCAGCCUGUUUCAGUCGCAGUGGACGAUGAAGGAAUGAUCUAUAUUUUAGAUACUGGAAAUUCUCGUAUUAAGGUACUCAAUUGUGAUUUGGAGUUUCAAAGGCACAUAAACAAUGAAGGCUUAGAGGGUCGCAGUUGUACGGGAAUAGGUAUAUCUCAACAAGGUCUCGUAGUCGUGAAUUGGCGAACGCGAAAGAUUACGGAAAUGACUUCAUUAGGUGAUACAAUCCGAUCUUUCACGCAUAAUGCAUUUCAAGAACCCAUAGAUAUUGCAGUGGACAACAGUUACGGGCACAUACUUGUCGCUGACAACGGUCAAAGCUGUGUAUUCGUAUUUGAUUCAGACGGCAAGAUACUAUUUCAGGUUGGUAAGAGAAGCACGUUCAAGCUAAUCAGUUCUGUAACUGUCGGUCCGGCUGGUGAGAUUUUAGUUGCCGAUAGCAGAAUUCAAGUGUUUUCUGCGAAGGGAGAUUUCUCCGAAGAAAUAUAUCCUGAGGGCAAAGGAAAAGGUACCUACGGAGGAAUAGCUGUAGACGCAGAUGGCAAACUUAUUGGUACUCGUACAGACAAAGGUCGUAGCAUAAUACAAGUUCUAAAGUUAGGGGGAGGUAAUAUCUUAACCGAAAUCGAUUCACACAGCUCGAAAUUGCGACGUCCCUCAGGCAUAGCUGUGCUACCAGAUAAUCACCUAGUGGUGGUGGACUUGGGCAAUGAUUGUAUAAAAAAAUAUAGGUACUGGUAAAAAGUCAUUUAUUUAAUCAUCAAAAUUCAAAUUGCA